AUGAGGCGCAAAGUUAUUGCUCAAAAAUCCUCUGGAAGAAGAAAAAGCGAGAAGGCGAAGGAGCCAAGCAUGGAAGAAGAAGAAGAGGAAUCUCAUACAUCACCCCCUCCAUCAUCGCCGAAAAGAACCACUCCACAUGCAUCCCAGAAGAGUUCACAGAAGACAAAAGAAUUCAUGCUUCAUGAAACCAGAGAACCCACGAACCUUAGUUCAAUGGAGUUCAAGAAUAAAUUUCACAAACCACACUCCCAUUUUGAUCCUUCAAGAUUUUCAACAUGUGCUUUCUAUGAGUUUCACAAAGAGGUUUUGGAAAAACGGCAUCUGUGCCCCUCCUAUCUGGUUAAUCUCGAGUCUCUGGCCUCCAAAGGAAUCAACCUACAACCCCUGUUUGAUGGUCUCAAAUGGUCACCAUUGCUCCUUAUUCAUAAAAUGGUUUACCCAGGGUUGGUGAGACAGUUUUAUGCGAAUCUGAGGCAUAUUGAUGGUAGCCUUCACUCCUACGUAAAACGGGUGCACAUCACUCUGAAUACUGAGACCAUUGCUUCUGCCCUUGGUUACAUUGAUGAAGGGCCGAAGGUUUACAUGAGCGAUAAAUGGGAUUCACAUGUUGGGGUUGCCUACAAGCAAGUUCUUCAUCAAAUCUGUGAAAAUCUAUCUGGCUUGGAUGGAACCGUUCCUACUCACAAAGCUUUGGGUCCAACCAACUCCCUGUUGCACCGCAUCAUAACUCACAUCCUCACCCCACAAAGUGGUUCUCAUAACAGGGUAACUGUAUCUGACUGUCUCAUAAUAUUUGCUCUUAUUACAUCUUCUUCCAUUUCAUUUAGUUACCUUAUGAUUAGACAUAUGUGGGAAUCUGUAAAGAGUACAAAAAAGGCUAAUUUACCUUAUGGAAUGUUCCUCACAUGCAUUUUUGAGUACUUUAAGGUAGAUUUAACAAAUGAGGAUGUAGAGAACAAGGUUUCUAUGAUUAAAGGAGGCGGCGCUACUAAAAAGGGAAAGAAAUCAAUGGCUUUUAAUGAUGACUUUGAGAGCCGGCUAGAAUCCUCAAAGGCGACCGAUUCCCUAAGAGACAUUCUCACAGAAUUCUCUAACAUGUCUGAUCUCAUGGUUCAAUUUCACAAGUCUGCUCGCAAACUUGCAUAUGAAAAUGAGUCGGCCUGGAAGAAAUGCCAAGAAAGGGUCGGUUUAAUGUUAGAAAGCCUUGAUGAUGAAGCUGGUGGUGAAGCAGGGGCUGAGGGAUCUGACUUUAAUCUCUCGGAUGAUUAA